AUGACAAAAACUAGUGGACACCUCACGAUUGUGGUCAAGAUUGGUUCAUCGUCCUUGGUCGAUGCUGUGACCCGGGAGCCUAGAAUUGCAAACUUAGCCCACAUAGUCGAGACUGUUACAAAGCUAAGGCGACAGGGCCAUAGGAUUGUGAUUGUUUCAUCUGGUGCUAUUGCAUUUGGAAUGAGGGUUAUGAACUUGAGCAAGAAACCUACAAAGCUAUCGGAAGUCCAAGCCUUGGCGUCUAUUGGACAAGGGAGACUUAUAGGGUUGUUUAAUAGCAUGUUUCAGCAAUUGGGUCAAACCAGUAGUCAGAUAUUGUUGACUCGAAAUGAUAUAAAUGACUUUACGCAAUACAGAAAUGCACAGAAUACGAUGGACUCUUUAUUGGAGAUGGGCGUGAUACCUAUAGUUAAUGAAAAUGACACAUUAUCCGUUUCAGAAAUCAAGUUUGGUGAUAACGAUACAUUAUCGGCAAUCACGGCAGGUAUGGUGCAUGCAGACUACUUGUUUCUCAUGACAGAUGUUGAAUGUCUUUACCUGGACAAUCCAAAGACCAACCCAGAUGCAAAACCAAUUUUGGUAGUUGAUAGAGUAGACGAAUUGAACGUGGUCACUAGUGAGGAAGCAGGAUCCGGCGUUGGCACGGGAGGAAUGACGACAAAGUUGAUUGCUGCUGGCUUAGCUACCAGUGUUGGAGUGACUACAAUUAUUACUUUGUCGAAUCAACCUCACUAUAUACUAGACAUUGUUGCGCAUAUCCAGUCGCAAAAAGAGGUUAGCAUAACUGAACAAGAACAAAUAUUGCAGCGAGAUAUAGACAAAAAGAUUAUCCCAUUGCACACCAGGUUCUUGAGCUUACCGCAACUGGCAAAAAUCAAGUCGGAUAAAAAGUUUUGGAUCUUGCAUGGGUUAAAGACCAAGGGCACAUUGGUGAUAGACCAAGGUUGCUAUGCGGCAUUGACAAGGAGGGACCGUGCUGGUUUAUUGCCUGCAGGUAUUGUUGAUGUUGUGGGCAAUUUUCAUGAAAACGAAUGUGUUUCGAUCAAAGUUAUUGGUAGCAAUACUGAAGAGAUUGGACAUUGUCGUGUUAACUACUCUGCUAAUGAAAUACGUGCAAUUAAGGGACACAAGAGUAAUGAAAUCGAGUCUAUAUUGGGCUAUGCAGAUAGUGAGUACGUUGCUCAUAGAGACAGUUUGGCAUUUCCGCCACUCACGCCUUCAGAGUCACAUGUAUCAUUGGUCAAUGCUGGAAAGGAAGCGGCAAAAGCAGUCUAG